CGCCCCCGCGCCGCGCGGCCGCGCCCCCGCCCAGGCCCCGCAGGCGCGGCCCGGCCCGGCCAUGCCGGCCAAGAGGAAGCCGGUGCUGCCGGCCCUCAACAUCGCCCCCAGCGCUGCCGAGGGGCCGAGCCCCGACGGCUCCGCCGAGGCAAACCUGGUGGACCUUCAGAAGAAGCUCGAGGAACUGGAGCUGGAUGAGCAGCAGAAGAAGCGCCUGGAAGCUUUCCUCACACAGAAGGCCAAAGUGGGCGAGCUGAAGGAUGAUGACUUUGAGAGGAUCUCUGAAUUGGGGGCUGGCAAUGGUGGUGUGGUCACCAAAGUGCAGCACAAACCCUCAGGGCUCGUUAUGGCGCGGAAGCUGAUUCAUUUAGAAAUCAAACCAGCCAUCAGGAAUCAGAUUAUCCGAGAGCUGCAGGUGCUGCAUGAGUGUAAUUCUCCAUAUAUUGUGGGUUUCUAUGGAGCCUUCUACAGUGACGGAGAGAUCUCCAUCUGCAUGGAGCACAUGGAUGGCGGCUCUUUGGAUCAAGUGUUGAAAGAAGCCAAAAGAAUUCCCGAGGAGAUUUUGGGGAAAGUCAGUAUAGCGGUUCUGAGAGGCUUGGCAUAUCUGAGGGAGAAGCACCAAAUCAUGCACAGAGAUGUGAAGCCUUCUAACAUCCUGGUUAAUUCUCGAGGAGAGAUUAAGCUGUGUGAUUUUGGGGUCAGCGGUCAACUCAUUGACUCCAUGGCAAACUCUUUUGUGGGAACUCGGUCCUACAUGUCUCCUGAGCGGUUGCAGGGCACCCACUACUCGGUCCAGUCCGACAUCUGGAGCAUGGGUCUGUCGUUAGUGGAGCUGUCUAUCGGAAGGUACCCAAUCCCCCCGCCAGACUCCAAGGAACUGGAAGCAAUAUUUGGCCGUCCUGUGGUGGACGGGGCAGAGGGAGAGUCUCACAGCAUCUCGCCGCGGGCCAGGCCCCCAGGACGCCCCGUCAGUGGCCAUGGGAUGGACAGCCGGCCUGCGAUGGCCAUCUUUGAACUGCUGGAUUAUAUAGUUAAUGAGCCACCUCCCAAGCUGCCGAAUGGAGUUUUCACGCAAGAUUUCCAGGAGUUUGUAAAUAAAUGCUUAAUUAAAAAUCCAGCAGAACGGGCAGAUCUGAAGAUGCUGAUGAGUCACACCUUCAUCAAACGCUCCGAAGUGGAGGAGGUGGAUUUUGCCGGCUGGCUGUGCAAAACCCUGCGGUUGAACCAGCCCAGCACACCCACCCGCGCUGCCGUGUGAGGGCCGAGCCGACCGCCUGGUGUCAGUACAUCUGCCUCUGUCACCAUUUCCUCUCCUUCAGUAAAUGACCGAACUGCCCUCCUUCCUUCUCCCCGGCCCCCUCUCGCCUCACGUCCCAGCGGCAAAGCACCAUCCCCUCGGAAGCGUCUUUAUCGGCUGACCCCCCCCCAGCCAAAGUGGGGUUGGUUUCUUUUGAUGUGGGGGUGUUCCAGGCCUCUGCUCCAGCUCUGGAGCUCCUGACACUUGGGAAAUGUGGUGCUGCUUAUGUUAAUUUUUCUCUCUCUCUUUUUUUUUUUUUUUUUUUUUUUUUUUGAAACAUGUUCACUUGGGUUAAAAAAAAAAAAAAAAAAGAAAAUAAUUGUGUGUGUGCACGCUUGCAUGUGUGUAUGAGAUGGUGGCAGGGGAUGGAGAUGAAGGGCUGAUCGCAGAUGCUUCACCUCCUCCCUGGUUUUCACGUGGGCUCCAGGGUGGAAGAAUCAGUUGGGCCGGGAAUGGAGAAACCCCGUUUAGAGUGGCCCAAAACUGUCACCAUCCCGCCCGGGGCAGCUGGGGACGAGGUGGGUGCUUGGCCAAUAUGGGUGAGCUUGUGGGAUGAUUUAUGGCUGAGCUGGAGAAGAGCAGAGCAGUGGCCUGUCUGCAGGUGGAGGAGAGAUUUGUAUUUUCUUUGUUUUCUUUUGAAACGGUUGUUCUAAAGCCUGUUCUCCUC